ACGCGUCAGAGACUGGCCCACGUGUACUGUGUUGACUGUCAAAAGUCUCAAGGUACCCGGGAUCCGGAAGUUCUGAGUUCUGACCGAAGUUCUGCCCACCAGCCGGCACAUCGCCCCCCGGCCAGCCGGCAAGUACCGAACCAUGAGCGCCGCGGGCGUCCUGUCUUUCGCCCAGCAAGGCUGGGAGCAGGUGCUGGCCAAAGUGAAGUGGUCCGUGGUCUACCUGGACGCCGCCUGCGCCGAGAGCCUGCACUGGAGCUGCGGAUCAAGCCGGCUUCUGGAGGCGGUGAAGGGUCCAGCGUGCCACCUGAGGGAAUUUGAGCCCCAGGCAAUUGGCGGUGGAGCCCAGCAGCCCCGGGCGGUGUUCGUGUUGAGCUGCCUGCUGAAAGGCCGGACGGUAGACACCCUGCGAGACAUCGUUCGCCGCAGUCACUUUCAGCACUGUGUGGUGGUCACAGCCGUGAGCCACGCAGUCCACCUCACUGCUAACCACGUACCGGCGGCUGCAGCGGCCGAGCUAGAGGGGCAGCAGCCGGUGUUCGAACAGCUGGAGGAGAAGCUUUGCGAGUGGAUGGGCAACGUGAACUACACGGCCGAGGUGCUGCACGUCCCUUUGUUGCUCGCCCCUGCUGCUCCCCACCUGGCCUUUACUCCUGCCUUUGCUACCCUUUUCCCACUGCUACCUCGGGAUGUACAUCUCCUUAAUAGUGCCAGACCCGACAAGAGGAGGCUGAUCAACUUGGGUGAAGUGGAUGCCGCUGCCCUGACCCCUGAGCUGCUGCUGCACAUCAGAUGCCUGGUGUCGGGCCUCAGUUCUCUGUGUGAGCAUCUAGGCGUACGCGAGGAGUGUUUCGCUGUGGGUUCCCUCAGUCGGGUCAUCGCUACAGAUCUGGCAAAUUAUGCCCCUGCCAAGAACAGGAAGAAGACUGCUACAGGCAGGGCGUCCGUGGUCUUUGUGGAUCGAACUCUGGAUCUCACAGGAGCAGUUGGACAUCAUGGAGACAACUUUGUGGAGAAGAUCAUCUCAGUGCUACCACAGCUACCAGGCCACACCAACGAUGUGAUGGUCAACAUGGCAGAGCUCACCGCUGUCCAGGCCAUAGAGGGAAACCAGAAUGUGAUUGCACCAGGCUGCCUUGCACAAUCCAAUGACGUCUCAGCCCAGGCCCUGUGGGAAGCCUUACUGAACACCAAGCACAAGGAGGCCGUGAUGGAAGUUCGGAGACAUCUAGUGGAAGCAGCCAGCAGAGAAAACCUGCCCAUCAAGAUGAGUAUGGGGAGAGUCACACCAGGGCAGCUCAUGUCCUAUAUUCAACUCUUCAAGAACAACCUCAAAGCUCUUACAAAUCACUGUGGGCUCCUACAGCUUGGGAUGGCCACAGUUCAAACUCUGAAACACCCACAGACUGCCAAGUGGGAUAACUUUCUGGCAUUCGAAAGGCUCCUUCUACAGAGCCUUGGGGAUUCAACCAGGACUGGGGUGCUCAAUCAGCUGCUCCCUAUGAUCAAGUCCCCGAGCCAGAGAAGCAGCGAUGAUUACGGCCCCGAGGAACUGCUAAUCCUCCUCAUAUACAUCUACUCUGUCACCGGAGAGCUCACGGUGGACAAAGACCUGAGCGAAGCUGAGGAAAGGGUGAAGAAGGCCUUGGCCCAUGUCCUCUCCGAGGAGUCGGAGCUGUCGCCUUUGCUGCAGAAAAUCACAGGCUGUGACUCUGCAAUUAACCUGACAUUUCCCAAAUCUCAAGUUGCUGUGAAUGAUGUCUUCACAUCUCUCCAAGAGAUUGCCGGAGCUAGAACUCUCAUGAAGCAGUUUAAGUCUGUGUAUGUCCCUGGAAAUCAUACCCAUCAGGCAUCCUAUAAGCCACUGUUGAAGCAGGUUGUAGAGGAAAUAUUUAAUCCUGAGAAGCCAGAUCCCGUUGACAUUGAACAUACGUCCUCAGGCCUCACUGAUCUCCUUAAAACUGGAUUCAGCAUGUUCAUGAAGGUGAGCCGGCCCCAUCCCAGUGACCAUCCCCUCUUGAUUCUCUUUGUGGUGGGCGGCGUCACAAUCUCUGAAGCCAAAAUGGUCAAAGACCUUGUAGCAUCUCUGAAGCCGGGAACCCAGGUGAUCGUGCUGUCCACAAGACUCCUGAAGCCACUUAACAUUCCUGAGCUGCUCUUUGCCACUGACCGGCUGCACCCAGACCUUGGCUUCUGACAUCUAAGAGAAGAUAAGACCUGUGUGAGCUGGAAAUACCAAUACCCAUCUGUCACCAUUCCAGAUAUGCCUCCAAAGCCAGUGUCCCCGUUACUAAUUAUAGGAAUGACUUAAUUCUACCAGAGAGGGCUUCAUAACCAGGCAGAAGACCGCUUGUUUGGACGUCUCUUGUUCUUCCAGUGCAAAAUAAAGACUGGAGUGUUCACCCUU